AUGGUGGACAGCGACGUCGUCAUGGCCGUGCGCGUGUGGAUCUGGUGCAGCACGCUGCUCAUGAUCUACAUGCCGUCGCUCUUCGUGCGCCGCAUCUACCGAGAGCGCGCCACGGGCUCCGCCUCUAUCGUCCCCAUCGUCUUAGUGCUGGCCAAUUCGCACGUCUGGAUGCUGUAUGGGUACCUGGGCAAGACGUGGUUCCCGAGCUUCCCUGUCUUCCUCAUCGGCGACGUCGUCUCGCUCAGCUACCUCUUCAUCUUCUGGCGGUACUCAACGGACCGCCGUCGCGUGGCCAAAGUCAUCGGCGCUGUCCUCGCAGUGCUGGCUCUGCCCACGUUCUACGUGGUGGUGGCCAGCUUGGGCUUCACAGACCAGAGCCGAGUCGAGAUCUGGAAGACCCAGGGCUUGUGCUUCUGCGACGUCACCGUCAUCUCCAUCCACACGCUCAUGCUCCGGAACCUCAUCCACGCCUUCAAGCAGCGGUCCGCCGCCACGCUCCUGCCACGCGCUCUCGCCGUGAGCAACUUCAACUCGCUCGGCUGGUUCACGUUCGGCCGCGUGACGUCCAACUGGAUCAUCGCCGGGCCCCAAGUGUUCGUCCUCGCGCUGCACUUGGCUGCGUGGACCAUGUACGUCGUCUUCACCCGCAGAACCAAGCCGGAUACGGCUCUCACCUCCAUGGAGGAGGACUCCGUCGUCAUGUCCGUCGACCUCUCUCCAAACGUCGACUUCGAUGUCAGUGCCAAAGGGGUUCUAGUCCCUAGCAGUCCAGAGUACCAGGCGCUGCGGUCACCAUUAGCAGUGGCGCUAACAUUAGCGCCACUGCACACCUAA